UGGCCUCCCAGCCUUCCCGGUUCGUUAAGCCAAGUAGGAAUGAGCAGCUCGGUGGGUCCCGGGGAGCGGCAGCGGAGGUGGCGGUGCGCCCUGGCCGUGCUGCCAUGCCUUUCUGGGGGCUCGGGGGAAGGCGUGUGAAACUCCUGCCGCGCUCCUCCUGCUCGCACCGCCCGGCCAGAUUCAUCUCUUCUGAGUAAAUGAAGACAGUGACUAUGAAGGCACAGCAUCUGCCUUCUGUUUUCAUCAAUGAAGAGAAGUUCGUAACCAGAGAGCAGCUCAGUUCUCUUCUGAAGAAUUAUAACUCUUACUAUUCAGAUCAAGAGAAUCUGCAACUGACAUAUAAUCAGGGAGAAGGAAGCACGCCAUUCAUUGAAGGAAUCCUCUCAAUAUUCUGGGGAGUACGCCAUCCGAUCCGAUUAAAAAUUCAGGAUGAGAAGCAGAUACCCUCUUUUGUAACCCUGAAGUCAACAGAGAAUGUGGGGGUUUUUCCUAGUAAAAGGGGAAUGACUCGCUGGGGAGAAUUUGAUGACCUCCAUCACAUAAGCGGGGAUACGCUGAAAUCUACUGAGGAACAGCCAGACCUCCAGCCAAGUUAUCCAUGCUAUGAAAGUCACACUCUUAAGUCCAGGAGGGAGCCAGAGCUGAACUGUGCCACCCUGCCCCGGGCCAGCAGCGAUGCCACGGUCGUGCGCAGGAGGACCAAGCUGCCCACGAUAACCAGGACGGAAGUAGAAACUCACAGGUUCUCUAUCAAUGGCCACUUCUACAACCACGAGACAUCAGUUUUCACUCCAGCUUUUGGGUCAGAAACCAAAAUAAGAAUCAACAGCCAGAUGAGGACCAGACAAGUGAUAGAACAGUUGCUUCGUAAGUUUAAGAUAGAAAACAACCCCCAUGAAUUCGCACUUUAUGUUAUCCAUGCGUCUGGAGAAAAGAAGCAGUUGAGGAGUAGAGAUGUUCCCUUGCUGCACAGGCUGCUGCAGGGGCCCUCUGAGAAGGUUGCCAAGUUCUUUCUCAUGGAUAGAGACGUGGAAGAGAUCAGCAGUGAUGUUGCUCAAUACAUUUCAUUUCAUCUUCCCUUUUUGGAAUCCAUUCUGCACAGAAUAAAUGAAGAGGAGGAGCAGGAGAUUCAACAGACAACUGCAAGGGCCAGGGUGCAGGCUGGAAGCACCCACGGAGACACGCUGCAUCACCGAAACGACGUGUGCUGGAUCUGGCUUGGAGCUUAGGCAAAAACUCCUCUGAAAAGCCCAAAGCAUUCAGCUUUAAACCCUGCUGAUGUGUGACCUGCCACCAAGAGGCUGGCUUAGAAAAAUACUGCAAUAACCAAUGUGCUGAUUGAAAAUAUGCCAACUAGGAAUAUGGUUAGCCCUCUGUUAAAGAAAUACUGUAUUAUAUUAGCAGAAAGCUUUUCAGUAGAGCCAAGUGGCAGAAGGUAUUUAUGUAUUUAAGACUGCAGGUAGAAUUUUCACUUAAGUUAUACAAUGUCCAUGCAAGAUGCCUGAAAUCCAGUGGCUUCAGGCUGGUGUAUGCUGAAAUUGCUUAAGCUUUGAGCUACUGUUAGAAAAACAUAAUUGGAAACCCUCUCACUUAGGAGCUGCUCAGCUCUUGGCAAUGACAGGGAAUUUAUCGCUGAAAUACCUCGCUCGUGAACUGCAAGUAAGAAUUGACUGAACACUGUUGGGUCCUGAAAGGCAUCUCAGUGGUUUUGCAGUUGGAGUAAGUGAUUGUGUUCCUUCCUGUGUUUUCCCUUUGAAAGGGAAUUGAGAAGCUCUCAGUGAGAGGCUGCAUGUUACAGCCACAGAGAGCUGGGCCCACGGCCUCCCCAGGGAUGCAGUUUGGCUCCAGCCCAGCCCCACGCAGGGCACAGCAGCAGCUGCCAGGUCCUUCCUGGCUGACUUGUGUUCAGUGUGAGAGCUCCGGUUACAGAGAUGUAAAUAAAAUAAAUCUGUGCACAGCUCGUUGUCCUCCUGCA